AUGUGGGAUGGACCAGGGCAAGGAUCAAGGGGAAGACCUCCAUUUAGAGGUAAUCACCAUGGAGACAUGUAUAGGGGAAGAGAUCAUCCCAUGUCUGAAUUUAGGGGUAGAGAUGGGAUGAGUAUGAGACCUAUGGGCCAUAUGGGUCCACCAGAUCCACCACCGAUGGAUAUGAGAAGAAUGGACAGUCCACCAAUGUGGGGGCAUGACACGAAUUCACGUGAUAUGCAUGGUAGAGCAAUGGACAGAGAUUUUUACAGAUCUGUCCCAGGGCCAGAUUUAAAUUUCCGAGGGCAGUUUGAUGGUAACCCGAAAGACGAUUUAAUGCAUUCACCAGGUUUCUCUGGACUUGAUAUGGGCGGCAGAGAUAUGCCGACUUGGGAAAAAAACAGCAGACAUAUGGACAUGAGAGUCAGAGACACGUUUCAUGAUGAUAUGCCUCGCUUCAAUAAUCCUAACCUGGACGGAAGGAGAGGUUAUUCAAUGGACAGAAUGACAGAUGAUGACUUCAGGAACAUGCGGACUCCCUUGGGCAUGAAUGAUAACAGUCGUUUUAACAUGGACACGCCGUCUUAUGAGAGGAGGAGAAUGGACAUGGAUAGAAGAGGAGGACCACCUCUUAAUCCAAGGGGUGGAUUUGAGUCGGAUAUGGAUUUUCGAAAUCAUCCUGGUCCGCCGCCUGAAUUUCAAAGCAGAGAGCGGUCUCCCUUAAGAUUUGGAAAUAAUGCCCCUCCAAUGGACAGGACAAGAUCUGGCAUGCCUGCAGAUACCAGUGGGUCACAAAGAUCUGACUUCAAGGGUCCAGAAGAACAGUCCAGAAUGAACAAGGGUCCAAAUUCGUGCGGUAGUCCCCUUAUGGACUAUAGGAGCGGUGAAGAGAUGACUCUUGCCGAGGAAUGGAAGAACCGCCAAAAGGAUCAACCCCCUUUCUCAGAUAAAGGAAUGAAAGGUGAUUCUCAGCUCUCUCAGCCAGCAAGUUUUAGAAGAGAUCCUGUAUACCAGGAUACCAGCCGAGAUCCACCAGCAUUUCUUGAGAGGGAUAGACCGCCUCUUGAUUUUCUGGGGAAAGAUGUCCAUUUCCCUCGCGGUGGUCUAUUUGCUGAACGAGAUCGCCCUCCACUUGGUAGAAACUCCCCUCAAGACAGAACUCUCCUUGCUGCCCCUCCAGUAAGAGGAAAUGAGAGUAAACACUGGCUUGCAGAAAGAGACUCUGAACAGAGUCACAAGAAAUCAAAGCUUGAUGAAAAUUACCACAACAAACUGCUAAGUCAGGAGCUUGUGGAUCCAAAGGAUAGUUUUAAAGGACUUACAGAUAUUCCAUACAGUGAAGGGCAGACUACAAGUCAGAUGGCGGAACUGGAAGAUUUCCAAAGCGGGGACCAAGACUACCGAGACAUUGAUUAUAGGACAGCUUCUGGAAGGAUGUUUGACUACAAGCAGGGGGAUCUUCAGGCAACACCAUUGAUUGAGGAGUCCAAAACACCAGUUGCCCCAGACUUCAGUGCAUCUGGUUCUAAGGAUCAAGAUUAUAGGAAUGCGUCAGUGGCGGAUAAAGUGUCCACAACAUUAUCCAUAAGUGGCAUUCCAAAGACUGCUACGGUGGAGCAGAUUCUUGGUGCCUUUACAGUUCAAGAUGGGUUGCCACAACCAGGGAUGAAGAUUAAAAAUGUUGUCCCAGGUUACAGCUACGAUACGGCCUAUGUGGAGUUUUUAAACCUCGAGGAUGCAGUCCGCUUCAUGGAGUCCAACAAGGGGUCCCUCAAGGUUGGCACUAGAACUGUAUCCAUUAGCUACUCUCAUCCAGAUGAUAGUGACGCAAGUAUUCAUUUGUCCAGACCCAAUCAUCCAUCAGACGAAUUUGAAUCCGGCCAGAAUGGUGGAACCAUCAAAGGCCCCAUGGAGCCGAUGCCUCCCACCCAGUGGCAACGCAACUCUGACCUCACUCCUGAGGCCUGGCAGCAGCAGAUGGACCAGCAGUAUCAGGAACAGGAAAGCGAGACGCAAGCAGAGUCUUGGGGUCAUCAGCAUUCCCCUCACCACAAUUCCCAUCAGUCCAAAUCAGUCUUUAAGGACAGUAAAACCAUGAUCAUAAAAAAUAUCAUGCCAAACACCACAGUCGAGGCCAUCCUCAAAGCUUUGGAUCCGUAUGCUUAUCUGGAUGAGAGAAACAUUCGUCUAAUCAAGGCCAAGACACCCGGAGCAAAGUGCUUCUGCUUUAUCGACAUGGACUCCCAUGAGCAAGUUACCCGCUUGGUCGACCUACUCCUCACUAGGCCCAAUCCUCUUUGUAUCGAUGGGUAUAGAGUGUAUGCGGAGGUUGCAAAACCCCUCAAGAACCAGAGUUUCAGAAGAGAGUUUGACAGGACAAGCAACUCUUCACCAGGCUAUCGGGCUGCAUCCAAUAUGAUGGAGGCACAACAAUUUUACCCCCAGCCGCAACCCUCCAUGCAACAACCACCUGGAGUGCAAGCUGGUUUGCCGACUAAUAAUAGUAAUGCACCUCCCUUGGGAGAUGCCAACAUCAGCCAAGGAAGUGGCUAUGAUGCCAGUCAAGCUCAAGAUGCUUCUUACCAGGCGACUGAAGCUCAUGUUGCCACUGAUGCCGUGACACCCGCUGAUCAAUCAUAUGAUGCCGAGGCACCAGAUACGUCCAGCUACUUGUAUGAUGCUACGUCAGGCUUCUACUAUGACCCUGAGACCACCUUGUACUAUGACCCUGGCUCCAGGUACUUUUACAACGCUCAAAACCAAGAGUACCUGUACUGGGACGCGACAACAAAGGCGUACCUCCCAGUGCCUGGAGGCAACCAGGGGCACCAGCCAGUCAUGACGGCCGAGGAUCAAGCCAUUCUCUCCAACCCGGCGGCCGACGCUCCUCUGGACAUGAAGAAACCGUCGGAGCCUCCAAUGCCCUCAACGCAGGUGUCCGUCACUGCUGACAACCACGACACGCCGUCCCCUGAGAAGAAAGACGACGACGAUUCAAUAAAAAAGGACGAUAGGCCAAAAAGUAUCGCUGCUGUGAAGAUCAUGAAAGAUAUGGAGCGCUGGGCCAAGAUCCAGAACCGGCAAAAGGACUGCGUACGUUCCCCAUCGCCUGUGCUGAAAGGCAGCCUGGAUGAUGACAAGAAACAAUCCAAGUCUGCGGAUGCUGGGUUUGCUGUGUUUGAGAGGAAGAAAUCCGGUGGUGACGAAUUUUUCAAGAAGCCACUUGCUCCACUUAAAAAAGAGGAAAAGUCAAAGCGCCCGAUGGGCUCCUUGGGCAUGCUGGCCUCAGAUUAUGCCGCUGGAAGUGAUGACGAAGUGGAGGAGGACAAGGAGGACGUAGCACGCAGCAGCCAGGUCACCAAAGCACCACCUGAAGAACGUGAGGACAAGUUGACGGACUGGAAGAAGAUCGCCUGUUUGCUGUGCAGGAGGCAGUUCCCCAAUAAGGAUGCACUCAUUCGCCACCAGCAGCUCUCAGACCUGCACAAACAAAACAUGGAGAUCCACUUGAAGAUCAAAAGGUCCAAGAAAGAACUGGAGGCACUGGAGAACCAAGAAAAACAACUGACCACCAAGGAAGUUGGCAGGUCACCAGAACAGAAGAGGAGAAAACACCAUCACCAUCAGCCGCAACAGCAUCAUAACAGUUGGGCUGGAGGAUCUAGGGAGAUCAGUAAAGUCGCUGAAAGACCUGGUUUAGGCUCAGAACCUCCGCCUAGACGCCAAAAGAAAGAACAUGUCGCUUGGGAUCACGCCACCUACAAACAAGCAGUGCGUAAGGCCAUGUUUGCACGCUUUAAGGAAUUGGACUGA